AUGCCUGACCUUACUGCAGUUGAGCUCGAAGAAAAAGAGCUCCCUGAGAAAUCCUUUGUCGACAACCAAAAAUUCAAACACGAACAUACUCUCGAAGCUCUGCCAAACUAUAUCAAGUUUGGUGUAGCUGGUCACAAAAAGCUUUCCAAAAAGCCCACUGAACUUGCAAGCCCUGUCGCAUUGGUCUUGACUCACUCUGCUGUGCGUGCCGUCGACUUGGUUCGUGCAUUGAAAGAGUUCAAUGAGACUGCCAAGAUUGCCAAAUUAUUUGCUAAGCACUUGAAGGUCGAAGAGCAGGUUAUUUUUCUGGAAAAGUAUCCAAUUCAUAUCGGCGUUGGCACUCCUAACCGUAUCAAUACCCUGCUGGAACAAGGCCAUCUCAAGCUCGAUCGUCUUGAGCUUGUUAUUGUUGAUACCGAGCGUAAUGCCAAGCGAUUCAACAUCCUUGAUAACGAUGCCGUCCGUGGAGAUAUCUUUAGCUUCCUUGGAAACUAUAUUUCACCUCGUAUGAAAGAGGGCAAGACUAAGCUUGGCUUAUUCUAA